GCCGUCGUUGCAGCUGUUGUUGCACUUCGUUGCACCCCCACAACCCCUGCUGCUGUUUCGCAAUGGGAGACGGGCAAAGGAACGGGACUGCCACACCUGUUGCAUCUGUCACACGGAUUGAAUCCUUCAGCGCAUCGCAUCGUUUGCACAGCCCAUGCCUUUCCGAUGCUGAAAAUGCUGCGAUUUUCGGAAAAUGCAACAACCCAAAUGGUCAUGGUCACAACUAUAAAUUGGAGGUUACAGUCACUGGCCCUGUAGACAAAGACACGGGAAUGGUAAUUAACAUCACAGACCUCAAGAAGUACAUACAGAGCGAAGUGAUGGAUGCUCUUGAUCACAAGAAUCUGGACAAGGAUGUGCCAUAUUUUGAAAAAGCAGUCAGCUGGCAGUUCCUCAAAUUGGUGUUUGCACAACCUCAUGCUCUGUACUUCACCGGGCCCACACCAAUGCCAAUAUUGACAAGUGUGCAACAAAUGAUAAGUUCAAUGGAAACUAACAACCACUGUCCACGCUAUUCCAUGCCAGAAGUUCAAAUGCACAAGAACAGGAAAAAAAAGAUAAAAAAUGAAAAAAAAAGGAAGGUUUAUUUAUUUAUUUUUUCUUUCAGAAUAAAAUGCAUGGUAUUUUCCUAAUUACUUGUGAAUAGAAAGGAUUGCACACCGAAACAGAUCAACAGUUCUGAAUAUGUACAUAUGUUGAAUUUACGGUGCCAGAAGGACAAGUGCUAUACUGUAGAGCAACUCCAUCUAAGACAUCUUUUAGGUAGCCACAAUACAGCAGAGAAGAAAGUACCAGAGGAGAGACCGACUUGGCUGCGACGUUAGAACUUUCCCUUGUGGAGUAACCUUGCACAUGCCCAUGAGCAUCCUCUAGAUUGAUUCUGAAAUGUCACACCUAAUAACAUGUGCAGUGCAGUACUGCAAGGCUUUGUGAUGCACACAGUGACUGCUGAUAUUUCUUUUUUAAUUUAGAAAAAGAUUUUGCACUUGCCACUGCUUUGUUUAUGCCCAUAUUUUUACAGUCAGCGGUGAAGGACCUAAAGAAUAAAGAAUGGGCAUAACGCUAGAACAGGGCCUCUCAAGGUAUGAAGGCAAACAGGAAUAGAAGACCACUAGUGGCAGUUGCUCAGCAUUCUGUUUAGCUAUCGUUGAGGCUGCUUUGCACAUCUGAGAAACAUAACUGCAAGCACUUUUGCCUAAUGAGCCUGUAAAUUAGCUGUUCUCAGUGGUGGCUUUCAUAUCCAUAAAAAUUAUAGCGCGCACCCUCGUGC